AUGGAUCUUUUUCCCUCACCACCAUCUUCACCCGUGCAACAGCCACAGCAUGAUGAUCCUAACGACGGCAAGGUCAUUUGCGGAUCCUGCGACAAGGUGCUUUCGUCCGACUGGUUUUGUGCCGACUGCCACCAACGUUGUGCAACAUGUAAUCGAUUUCUAAGUGCUGGUGAACACUGCACUCGUUGCUGGUGCUUUGACAGCAUUAAAAACAUGUACAUCCGCAAACCACGACACAUCCAUGCUGCUAUUGCACAACCACCGCCAUCUCCUCCCAACCAUUACCAUCCUCACGCGUUAUCAUCAUAUCGACACUACGACCACCACCAUUAUCAUGCAACGCAUCCCUUUUAUUGA